AUGUCUACACUCGCUCGCCAGUUCAACGCCAACGGCCACGACGGCGCCUUCCAACUCCCCGCCGAAGAUGAAAGCAUGCACACAUGGCCCUCGGUAUCCGAAAGUUUUCUCAUGGCCCAGCUAGAAGAAGAGGACGAUGACGUCGACCUCUACUACUUCAGCGCCGACUCGGAUUCAUCGAUGAGUAGUAUUCCUGGAGAGGCAUCAUCUGUGCAAGACAUCGAGGUUGAAGAAGAGAUGAUGCCUGGCGGCUGGCCGGCCGCUACGGCGAGUAGGAUCUCUUCUCCCACUCCCUGGAAGCCAUCCCGUGUUCGUCCACAGUCCAUCAUAGUGGAUGGCCUGCGGAUCACGGUGACCCUGCCUGAGGACGAGUCGUACGACUGCGAUGAUGGUCAUUAUCUGGUGGGGAGCGACUCCGCUGCUUCGUUCUUCACAGCAUCAGAGAGCGUCAUGGACAUCCAGCUCCUCUCUGCUUCCCCGACAAAUGACUUCCUCUACGUCCCGGCCCCGGUCUUGGCUCCAUCGCCCUCGGUCCUGUUCAUCCUCGAGGAAUUCGCCUGCUCCCCGCCCCUUCCAACGCUGUCAUUCGACGACGACGGCGAGGCGAACCUGUGGGCAAUGUCGAGGUCCCCUUCUUCGGUCGGGUUGCUCACGCCCCCCGAGAACGACCUCCUGGCCCCUGGCAUCGUACCGAGUCCCGAGUUCGCAUCCAACUUCGCUCAGGCCGGAUUCCCGGAGCUCGUAUGUCAUUCACUCCUGGCGCCUAUCUCUCCUUCUCCGUCGCACUAUCCUUGGUUUGAUUCGCUCCUCGAUCAAUACCUGCCCGACGACGAGUUCGCCGGCGCCGGACUACAGGAUGAGCCUUAUCCCCAGACAUACCCGUUCUAUAACGCGUCUACGCAAGUUCGUGAUGAAGACGUACCCGUUCACAACACCUUCGUCACCUCCGAUCCACAAGAGUCUCCUCGCGUAUCAUUCGAGGAUCUCUGGCAUUGCGCACGAGCUGGUACCUUCACCGAAACCCUACCCACGUCUGGCCCCCGCGCGUGCGGGCCGGCGCUGGAAGUGGAUUUCGGUGAAGCAUGUACCAUGAUCUGCGCUACAGCCUCAACGUAUGAGAUGGACGAUCUCCUGGGGCUCUAUGCUCCUUCUGAGCCUGAGCCCAUGGGUGUACGUGCUCCCGCAUUCCUUGCGGAGGAGGCUCUACUGUUUGGCGAAGAUGAGGAGUACUACCGUACCCCUUCUGCCAUCGAUCUCACCGGCGCCGGACCCCACCCAGACGAGAGGCUGGCGAAGGCGGCGCGGGAGACCUUUUGGCAGAUGUGGACACGGCGGAGCGACGAAGACCUCGCUUUGUUCUUCAAGUGCAGUGACGACACUCCAUCCGGCCUCCACAUCUUCGUUGAGGGGGACGCACAUCGCACCCCUCUUCCCGGCAGCAAAAAUGAUAGUAGCUUGAUCCAGUCAACAUCACAGUCAGUCUCGACAACAUGUGACGACGCGGGGCGCCAUGCCUGCCUCGUCCGGCUCGGCUCAUUGCGAGCCACCUCUUCGACGGUCAUCUCCGACAUCAAGAUUGUCCGGCCUGUCGACAUUCGUUCAUCGCCCAUCCUUCAGUGUCUGAUUUUCUCUAAGCUUCGCAUGAUUGCAAGCGUGCGGCGUUUAGAGCAAGACCGGAUGCGACCGCUGUCCACUCCGGCGUGCCAACCUCGCUCGGACGGCUCGUUCAUCGUUCAUCAUCGCAUCGAUUUCUCCCAACGGGCACACGGAUGCAAACGUGUUGUUCUUGGGGUAGAUCGAUGCCCGGGCUUCUCUUCUCAAUGCAUGGGGAAGACGAGCCUGUUCUUUGGCAAGCUGGCAGCCACCACCGCUGCUCUCAAAAUGGACGAUCUUUGUAUCCUCCGGCUGACUCUGAUCGUCUAG